AUGGGUCUCUUCAGCCGUAAGGACAAGAAGUCGUCAGCAGUAGAUGCAGACAAAGGUCCUGGUUCAGAUGCUGGCUCCAUCCACAAGUCGCCAGCCAGCAAGCCCAUGAAUGGCAAUCCCUCGGCCAAUGCCUCUCUGCCACAUGUCCCACUCCCUAGAGCUCCUGACCCGUCUCUCAACCCCGCUGCCUACCUGCGCAGUAUCCACGCUGUGCGCGAGAGGUCCAAGUAUGUCUUCGAGCUUGCUAAGCGCAACAAAGCGAAGCACUUCGACGUCGACAUGACCAAAUUCGCCGACACUGCACGAUUCGUGGUUUCUAUCAUUAACAGAGAUUACGCUCCCGACUACGCUUCGAUCCCCCCACAUGGCCGUUGGCAGCACUUUGAAGUCGGUGGCAGACCCAGAGUCGAUCAGCUCAUGGCAACAUGGCCAAAGACGGUCAAUGACCAAGAACGUACUCGCAGACUCAUCGACCUGUUCCUCGUGUCAGUUUUGCUGGAUGCUGGUGCAGGACAGAAAUGGACAUACAAGAGCAAGGAGUCUGGCAAGAUUUACAGGCGCAGCGAGGGUCUCGCAGUGGCCAGUUUGGAGAUGUUCAAGGCUGGUGCAUUCAGCAGCAACCCCAAUGAGCCAUGCCAGGUCGACAGUGCCGGCCUGAAGAAGAUCAACGCACAGUACCUUGCAAAGGGCCUGCAAGUCACAGAAAACAACUCUCUCGCUGGUUUGGAAGGCAGAGCAAGUCUCCUUGUCAAGCUUGGAGAUGCUCUGCAAAAUCAGGACAUUUUCGGCAUCGAGGCUAGACCUGGCUACUUACUUGAUUAUCUCCUCUCGCACCCAUCGACCCAAGCCUCCUCAGUCCCCGUCGUCCCGAUACCCACACUCUGGAAUGCUCUCAUGGACGGUCUUGCGCCAAUCUGGCCCUCAACACGCACUGCGAUCGAUGGUGUGUCGAUUGGUGACGCUUGGCACUGUAAUGCAAUGCCCUCAGCGACGAAUGCCCCCUGGGAGAAGAUCGUUCCAUUCCACAAGCUCACUCAGUGGCUUUGCUAUUCAUUGAUGGUGCCAAUGACCAAGCUCAUGCACGUACACUUUGCUGGUACUGAGCUCCUUACUGGAUUGCCGGAAUAUCGCAACGGUGGUCUUUUGAUCGACACUGGACUCCUCACUCUCAAGCCCGCAGACGCCAAACGUGGUCUCGAGCAAUACCAGAUCAAUGCCAUGAAACAAGGACAACCUAACAUGGAGGUUGUUCCCAUGUUCAGUGUGGACGACGAUGUGAUUGUGGAAUGGCGGGCGCUGACCGUCGGCUUCCUGGACGAGCUGUGCUUUGAAGUCAAUUCUCAGCUCGGACUAGUAGGCAACAAGAAAUUGAGUUUGGCGCAAGUUCUCGAGGCUGGCACUUGGAAGGCAGGCAGAGAAAUCGCAGAGGUCUCGAGACCCAACACCAAGGAGCCACCGAUCAUGAUUGUGUCGGACGGCACCGUCUUCUAA